AAUUCAUUCGAAGCACGUAACUUAAAGGUUUUUAAAGGUUUUUCGCAGAAGUGCAAUUGAGAAAAGGGAAACUGGUGUGAAGGACCUCACUGACUUGGGGUGCUAGCCAUGGGAAACAGCGUGGAUUGUUGUUACAACUCGCGCUGGUCUUACCAGUGCAUUUUCCCUUGCAUUCGUUUUUGUACAUACACAGGACGCCGAGUCUUUUACAACUAUGACGGCAUGGAAAAGGUUCAACCACUCGUCCAUAUUUACCACCCCCGGAACGAGCGCGUUCACUCUCUUCCAGAUGCUCUCUAUGGCAUUGAUGACGACGAUGAUAUACAAAAUCAAAUCAAAAGCCAUAAAGGGCUUGACGGCGCUGGUCAAAUCGCGGCGUUGUGCAAGUAUGCAGCGGACAAUGGCUACACCAUUCGCGCCGUGGGCACAGGCUCCUCCUGGUCUCGUCUCACCCAUACUAGAGACAUACUCGUGGUCAUGACUGAUUUGAACAAGAUCCUCACGGUCCCAGCAACGAUAUUGGAGGAUUCACAGUCGGAGGGUUCAGAAAUUGAACCAACGAAAAUAACAUAUGAAGUCGAAGUACAAGCCGGGAAACGCGUUGUAGAUUUUGUCGAGGAACUCAAGAAACAAAAAAUGGCGCUCGAGAUGAUGGGCAACUACGCAGGCCAAACGGUCGGAGGAGUGGCGAGUACUUCCACUCAUGGAUCAGGAUUGUUCAGUGGAACAAUGUCCACUUUUGUGGUGGGUCUUCAUUUAAUCAUACGUGGUGGAAUCCAAGUGAAGGUACGUAGCGGCCCUGAGACCAUUGCGGAAUGCCAAGAAAAGAUCGAUAGAGCCAAAUACGGCGACGACCCGGUCGAGAUUCACAGUAAUGAGGUGUUAAAGGCAUGUCAAGUAGGGUUAGGAUGUAUGGGGGUAAUCUAUUCCAUUACAUACAAAUGUGUUCCCAUGUACAAUCUGGAGGAAAUCAGAAAAACGGAACAGGUCUCUUGGCCAGAAACGACAACGACCGAAGACGACGAAGGCGACAACGACGGUGACGAUGCGUUAAUGGGAAAGAAGUUGCAAUUGGGGGAGGUUCUUGAAAAGUUUGCUAAAAUGUACAAGACAAAAGAUGCAGAAUAUUUCUCGUUUUUCGUCAAUCCAUACCCGCUAGGACCAAGGAAUGACAAGCAUAUCGAAAUGGCGUACUUGAAAGCUUUCAGAACAAAUGAUAGACCAACCUGCUGUGCUUGUUGCUCAUGCUGUUGUAAUUGUUGCGGGGGAAGAGGAAUAGCGGACCUAGGCUGCAUGCAGACAGACUGCACAGCCUCUUGCCUGCAGGGAUGUGCCAAUUGUUGUCCCACUUGUAUUCCACGGCUCACCAAUUUCGGUGUGUCACAGUUCUCGUUCGAUAAACCGUAUCGGCAGACAUGGUACAACGUGCUGCAGUUCACGAAAGGCAAUAUCCACGUUCGUACAGCAGAAUGGUGCUUACCGUUGGAACACCUCCAUAGUGCUCUGACCAUGGUGAUAAGACUGGCUCAAGAUUACGCAGAAAGGCAUAAACAGUACUCCUUGCUACCAAUUUAUGUGAGACUUGCACUUUCUGAUGAUUUGUUCCUAAGCCCUGCAAGCCAGCUUAGACCUGAUGGAACCAAAAGUGAUCACUACUGUUACAUUGAGGUACCAUUUCUACCUGGAGCAUACGGCAUUGACGAGUUCCAGGAGAUGGUAGAGAACAAGCUCUGCGAGAGGUUCAAGGCGAGGCCACACUGGGGAAAGAAUAAUCGCCUCAACCAGUCUAAGAUCGAGGAGAUCUACCACAAGGAUAGCCUGGAAAAAUGGGGAGCCGUGUACAAGAUGUUUAACAAAGAUGGACCGUUUGAAAAUCGCUUCACACAUAAUAUGGGUUUUGCUAAGUUGUUUCCCAUCGACAAGCAGCCUUCUACCUGA